UCUCAGUUAGCGCGCAGGAGGCUCCUCCUCGCCCGCGACUGGAGAGGUGCGGCAGCUAGAAACCAUGGCAGGGACGUUGGCGCUUCGGGUGCGGCUCGGUGUGUGGGGAGUAAGGGCCAUGCAAACCCGAGGCUUUGCCUCGGACCCGUCGGAGAGUCACGACGCUGGCGCGGGCUCCAUCCGGGAAGCUGGUGGGGCCUUCGCUAAGAGAGAGAAGGCUGAAGAGGAUCGGUACUUCCGAGAGAAGACUAAGGAACAACUAGCAGCUUUGAAGAAACUCCACCUGGAUGAGAUCCAAGAACAUGAGGAAGAGAUUCGGCAUCUGCAGAAACAAAUUGAGCGGCAUAAGAAGAAGCUCAAACAACUGAAACAGCAAGAAGACUAAAUGCACACAGUUUCCUAUACAAUGGCCUGUAUCAUUGCCCACUUCUAUGUAGACAUAGUUCUAAUUUAAUUAAUAUUUUGGUCUGUGUGCUACUAACAGAUAAUAAACUAUCAUCAUCGAA